CCUCCACUCUCUCUCUCUCUCUCCAGUCCACGAGAAAUUGAAUUCCCAGUUUUCCCCAAUUUCACACUUUUCACUUUCAGCUACUUUUCCUCUCCCAAAAAUCCCAAUCCAUCUCUCUCCGCUACCUAAUCCCCGAUCCCUCCACAAUCCCUAAUUUCCAUUUUCCAUCGCCCCAACGAUCUAUCUUUUCCCGAUACUUCCCCUCCAUUGAUUGCGAUAUCCAGCUCUCAGUUCAAUUCCCGGUAUACAAUUCAACGCUCCAUCUUUCGGGGACCCGAUUUCCUGCGAUUCCGUGUUCGAGUUCGCCAGGACUUUUGGUUGGCUACUUUUUCCUGGAGGUCUCGAUUCGAGAGUGAGAGAGCAAUGAAGAUCGAGGAGCUGGACGAUCCGGAGUGUAGAGAUGAAGAGCGUGGCGUCUACGAGAAGCAGAUGCAGCUUCAGAUUGUUAGGGUUGACGCCAAGAGAGCCCUGGUUGGAGUUGGUGCUCGGAUUCUUUUCUACCCCACGCUCUUCUAUAAUGUGUUUCGGAACAAAAUCCAGGCUGAGUUCCGGUGGUGGGAUGAAGUUGACCAGUAUCUACUUCUGGGUGCCGUCCCAUUUCCUAAGGAUGUUCCUCGGCUGAAGAAGCUCGGUGUUGGUGGAGUCAUCACUCUUAAUGAACCAUACGAAACUUUGGUUCCAUCAGCCUUGUAUCGUGUCCAUGGAAUUGAACAUCUAGUAAUUCCAACAAGGGAUUAUCUCUUUGCCCCUUCUUUUGCGGAUAUUAGUCUGGCAGUAGACUUCAUCCACAAGAAUGCAUUGUGUUGCAAAACUACCUACGUUCAUUGCAAAGCUGGGCGUGGAAGGAGUACAACCAUUGUGCUCUGCUAUUUGGUAAAGUAUAAGCACAUGACACCUGGUGCGGCCCUUGAUUACGUUAGGUCUAGAAGACCUAGAGUGUUGCUAGCUCCAACGCAGUGGGAGGCUGUUCAAGAAUACAGCAGACGCAACUCACGCCGGUUAUCUUCUACCACGUGGUCUCCAUCUGGGGAUGAGGUUCUCAUUACAAAAGCAGAUCUUGAAGGCUACCACAGCUCCUCCGACGAUGGUGCUACUAGCACCGGUAAGGAAUUGGCAAUUGUACCAAGAAUGAAGUCAAGGCCCAUGAUCGCCCGGUUGUCCUGCCUCUUCGCAUCCUUGAAGGUAUCCGGUGUCUCUGGGCCUGUUGCUGGUCGGAUGCCCGAGGCACGUGCUUGCUAAAUGAUCCCGGGAUACAUCACACCGAACUGUCGCGAGAGGGUUGUGUUGUAUUGUAUAGAAAUAAAGGCCAUCAUGUUUUUAUGACCAAAGAAUUAUGAGAGAAACGAAAAGGAGGUAAUUGUGUAUGCUGCCAUGACAAUUGCCAGAAAAGAAAAAAAAAAAAGGCCUCACCAGCAGCUGCAGCUUGUACAUAGCUUUGCCUUUUAGUUUAUCAUUUCAGCAUUUGUUGCUUGCAAAUGUGUUUUCCUCCACAGGGUUUUGCUAAAUGAAUAGUGAUGUAGCUUCAUCUUUGUAGCUUUAGUUGGUCUCUGUCACGUCGCCGCCAUUGUACCGCUUUAGUUCAAUUCAGAUACCUUUGGUAGGAUGUUCAGUCUCUAGUACCUGCAGGUUGCAGUUGCAGUGGUGUAUUUUUGGAAUAUAGUUAGUACUGUUCUGAUGAAGGCUAGAGGAAGAUUCCUGGCGGGUUGGUGGAAUAUGCCCGAGGAUCGAUCUCUAUGCUAUAAACAGAACUUUGUGGUUUCCGGCAAGUGACAAAGAAGCUCUGGAUUUAUUUGCUGUGGAAAGGUAGGCGGUUUGAUUUUACACCUUCACUCUCUUAUCUGGUCUCUAAAAUGCUGAUCGGUUGCUUUCUGUUUAG